AUGUAUUCUUAUCCUAAACAAGGUUUCACCAUCUUUUACCGCCGGUUUCAAAACAGCAUAGUACCACAUCAUAGACACAUGUCUGACGAUAAAGAACUGAUGCCACGUGUAGAAGAAAUUCAAACUCUAGCUGAAACCAAUGAAGAUAUGAUGAAGCAAAUCGAUAAUAUGGGAUCAAGAGUAGUUAACCUUACGACCUACGUCAUAAGUAGAACAGCUCUGGGCGAAAUUUACAAAUUCGCGAAGAACUUUCGUGUAAUAAAAGCAGUAUUAGAGAGAAUAACUGCAUUACUUAACGAUGGUGGCGGUGGUCGUUUGGAUAAGAUACGAGAACGGUUAGACAAUCUUAACAAUCAAAUCAAAGCACUUCGUACUACAUAUACAAAUAUUAAAUUUUCUUAG